GCUGCAGGGUUGUGCGGCAAUGACAUGAGUUCGGAGUUCCAUGUACGGCGCGCUUGUAGGAUAUUGGAGAAAAGAAGCACGGUGUUCAUUUUGUCGGUGAAACCCGCACGCCAACAUGCGCGAGUGCGAUCCAAGAACCGACCAAGUUGCGCGCGUGCAUUGCAGGAACCACGUACCAUCGCAACCUAACGAGCCCUCCUGUGCACAGAGCCAUCGCCCUCAAACGCAAAUAGUAUCCAUCCUGCAUCCACCGUCCGACCCCCGCACCCCGCACACACAUUAUCCAUCCCCGUGUAGAUCUUGGAAACGGGUUAGCUUCUUCCUCAACAUAGCUCACCACACGCGCAAGCAUGCAACUUCCCCUGCCGGCACAUCGUCCACUCCUCCCUCGUUACCAUCCCUACACCAUGCACUCCAUUGCGUGGGCAAUACUCCAAUCGGUGCGCGGCGUCGCAUCGGUAUACCCUGAGCGAUGGCCUUGCCUCAUUCGCAAGCCCAAGGCGGUUUGCAAUCACGGAAACGCCACUUCUCCGUCGCAGUGAGCUCGAGGUAAACCGGUAGCAACUCGUACGAGGUUUGCAUGUCUUAAUUUCUGUCGCGCCUAUAUCGCCGAUGAGUGUCCGUUUUUAGGAACGAACUCGGCGGUACUCGA